ACAUAAAAAGCAACUUGAAAUGCUACAAAAAAGACUUGAUCACACAGUUGAGUUGAGUUCUUGGUGCAAGUGUGGUUUUUGUCAAGUUACACUUCUUCAGAAUCCUCUAGAGGCCUGGUGCUGCCAAGAACUUAAGUCUGUAGCUGAAAGCUUAACACACCAGUCGGUUCUGGCAGAUCUGUCAACUAUUCCAUGUUGUGUCACUCUACACCCAGGUUUCAGACCAGUUUGUUUGGAAAAGUGGUCGCUAAAAAUGGCUGCUAGGAAAUACAAAACCAGAGAACAAAGACGAUACAGAGAAACAGGAUCUGAAAACAUGUGUUUUACGAUGUGUUGCAUACAGAGAAUUCACAUCUAUGAUUUAUGGAUGCUUAGGAGAAGAAAGAAGACCAUUACCAGCAUGUGCAUACCAUGCAAUAAGAUCAAAAUUUAAUGAUAAAAAGUUGGAAUUUA